AUAAAGAAAAAAAUACAAAACAUUUUUGUUUGUUUUUUAAAAUCUUACAUGACAUUUACAUAUGAAAAUGUACACAACAUAUUUAAUAACUUACAAAUGCUUCAAUUGCAUAAAAAUAUAAUCUCUUUACGAAAGGUUUGAAUAUAUAUAUAUACAUCUACAUUGGCUCUGAAUUUGAUUUUUAUUAGGAGAACUUCUGCUUUAUACAGUGAAUUGCAUUCUAAACUAGCUACUGAUUUGUACAGUGAAUUGCAUUCUAAACUAGCUACUGAUUUGUACAGUGAAUUGCCAUCUAAACUAGUUACCAAUUUGUACACUGAAUUGCAUUCUAAACUUGUUUGAAGUCUUCGACUUUAAGACAAAAGUUUCAACAUAGACCAGAUGUUUUUUUUUUCCAUUGUUGUCAAUAAGAAAUGUGAGAUUGUGAUAUGACAUAUUGAUAAAACAAAAGACAUUUGCCAAAGAGAAUAUGCCAUCAAGUAUCAAAACUGUAUAAAUGUACAAAAAAAAACAACAACAACAACAACAACCAAAUGUUAGUGCGAUGACAAGAUAAGAGACACAUGGUAGAGGCAGCAGCGAGGCGAUACUACGACGUGAUCCUCUUUGGCAGACAUGCACGAGUACGAGCUGCGUUCAGCACGUCUCUUCAACAUGAGGAAGGCCGACAGAAAAUACAGUACAUCAACGUCCCAGUGUGGCACCCUAUUUCCCUACGUAGUGCACUACUUCUGAACAGGGCCCCACAGAGUUCUGGGCAAAAGUAGGGCACUAAAAUAGGGAUUAGGGUGCCAUUUGGGAAACAUUCUAAAUCAACCCCCCUCCACACACUGGUGUGUUACUGAUGAAAUUAUAAUUCUGGUUUCUUUAACACUAUGCCUAUACAAUACUUGACAAGGCACUGUCAGGAUUUAUUUAAUGAUUUUACAAUGUUCCUUAUUCCGGUAAUGCACGAAACAGGCACGUAAAACGACGAGAUAUUGACGACAAUGGCAACCGAUUUCAAACGGCUGCAAAAUAUAUAUAUAUACAGGAAUGUGAAUGGAGGCCGAUGAUCCUAGACUCUUAAAGAUAAAAAAAAAAGUUGCAAUCUAGAAUUACAGAAGGGUUCUUUGGCUGUCCCCGUAGGAGAACCCAGUGCAGAAGCCUUCUGGGUAAUUUUUUUGGGGGGGGGUUUCAUGUAGAAGAACAGCUGAAGAAGCCCUAUGGAGCAUUUUCAUUCUAAGACUGUACUGUUACAGGAAAAACAAGCACCCAUUUAUUCCAGUCAACAUCCAUGGGACAGACACAGAGCAACAUCUACAGUAUGUGUAAUAACUCUCUCAGACUCAUUGGCUAGAGGAUACACACCAAUCUCAAACCCCUCCCCCCCUCCUCCAAAACAAAAUAACUCAACUCAGAAAAAAGGAAAUUCAUGUUCUCUCCAUCACACAAAGAAAAUACUGUACUUUGAUGAUAACAUUUCUCCUUAAAUUCUCAGUCAGGGUAAACACAUGAUACAUCCUUCAGUUCUCAGUCAGGGUAAACACAUGACACAUCCUUCAGUUCUCAGUCAGGGUAAACACAUGACACAUCCUUCAGUUCCCAGUCAGGGUAAACACAUAAGUCCUUCAGUUCUCAGUCAGGGUAAACACAUAAGUCCUUCAGUUCUCAGUCAGGGUAAACACAUAAGUCCUUCAGUUCUCAGUCAGGGUAAACACAUGAUACAUCCUUCAGUUCUCAGUCAGGGUAAACACAUUAUACAUCCUUCAGUUCUCAGUCAGGGUAAACACAUGAUACAUCCUUCAGUUCUCAGUCAGGGUAAACACAUAAGUCCUUCAGUUCUCAGUCAGGGUAAACACAUGAUACAUCCUUCAGUUCUCAGUCAGGGUAAACACAUGAUACAUCCUUCAGUUCUCAGUCAGGGUAAACACAUGACACAUCCUUCAGUUCUCAGUCAGGCUAAACACAUGACACAUCCUUCAGUUCUCAGUCAGGGUAAACACAUGACACAUCCUUCAGUUCUCAGUCAGGGUAAACACAUAAGUCCUUCAGUUCUCAGUCAGGGUAAACACAUGAUACAUCCUUCAGUUCUCAGUCAGGGUAAACACAUGAUACAUCCUUCAGUUCUCAGUCAGGGUAAACACAUGACACAUCCUUCAGUUCUCAGUCAGGGUAAACACAUGACACAUCCUUCAGUUCUCAGUCAAGGUAGACACAUGACACAUCCAAUCUUAAGUAUCAUUGGUGUUGAGAGUGCAUCCAGUACAUUGAUAUUAUAUACACUGACAGUAUUCAAAGAGCGAGACAGCCUUUCUGGUUUCCCUGUCUCUCUCUCUCUCUCUCUGACAUCACACAGUGUGGGUAAAGAACGUGGUUUCCCUGUCUCUCUCUCUCUCUCUCUGACAUCACACAGUGUGGGUAAAGAACGUGGUUUCCCUGUCUCUCUCUCUCUCUGACAUCACACAGUGUGGGUAAAGAACGAGGUUUCCCUGUCUCUCUCUCUCUCUCUCUGACAUCACACAGUGUGGGUAAAGAACGUGGUUUCCCUGUCUCUCUCUCUCUCUCUGACAUCACACAGUGUGGGUAAAGAACGUGGUUUCCCUGUCUCUCUCUCUCUCUCUGACAUCACACAGUGUGGGUAAAGAACGUGGUUUCCCUGUCUCUCUCUCUCUCUCUGACAUCACACAGUGUGGGUAAAGAACGUUGUUUCCCUGUCUCUCUCUCUCUCUCUGACAUCACACAGUGUGGGUAAAGAACGUUGUUUCCCUGUCUCUCUCUCUCUCUCUGACAUCACACAGUGUGGGUAAAGAACGAGGUUUCCCUGUCUCUCUCUCUCUGUCUGACAUCACACAGUGUGGGUAAAGAACGAGGUUUCCCUGUCUCUCUCUCUCAUCACACAGUGUGGGUAAAGAACGAGGUUUCCCUGUCUCUCUCUCUCUCUCUGACAUCACACAGUGUGGGUAAAGAACGAGGUUUCCCUGUCUCUCUCUCUCUCUCUGACAUCACACAGUGUGGGUAAAGAAUGAGGUUUCCCUGUCUCUCUCUCUCUGUCUGACAUCACACAGUGUGGGUAAAGAACGAGACAGCAGAUCACUUUGAUCGACUCACGCUGAGAGGAACUUUUAUGGAUCAAAUUAGAUUCGCUUUAGCCAACAUCCGCGGAGCUGAUGUUCUGACGUGACGGAGGUGGAACUGCUUUGGAGCUGUCAGAUCCACAAGCGGCUCCCGGCAGUACACCUUGUCAUUGGCUGCACAGAGUCUUAUUAAGAGAAAUCCAAAUCAGUCUUGUUUACAAGUUUGAACACUGACAUGUGAGAUAUAAUCUACACCUCGAUAAAGGCUGAUAGAAAUCGUCAUUAUUUAUUAGUUUUUGAUGAUUUUUUAUAAUUUUCAAAAUAACCUAC